AUGGCUUCAAACAACACUCAAGUUCAAUUCCAAGACUCAUUACCAUUGAUGGCAAACAAGCUUGGUGGGGAUGGACUAAUAGACGAGCUUUGCAACGGGUUCAAUCUCUUGAUGGAUUCUAGUAAAGGGGUUAUCACCUUUGAAAGCCUCAAGAGGAAUUCAUCUUUGUUUGGAUUACAGGAUUUGAGCGAUGAGGAACUGAGGAACAUGAUUGUUGAAGGUGAUUUUGAUGGCGAUGGUGCUCUUAGUCAGUUGGAGUUUUGUGUCUUGAUGUUUAGACUUAGUCCUGAACUCAUGGAUGGGUCUAAGUUGUGGUUGGAAGAAAUGCUUCAACAAGAGAUUAAUGAUUUUUGCUAA